AUGCGCUGGGUGUCCGCCUUCCUUGCCCUGGGAUUAACAGGUGCAUUGCAAGCAAAUGCACUGGAUGCUACGAUCUUCACGUUUCCUUCUAAGACUUCAAGCUCUUCAGCUUCUCAUUCCCAACAACAAACAAUAUCAGAAGAUGAGGCCCGGCUUGUCUUGGAGCUUCGCAUGAAGUCCUCUGUAGCAUCGGUCCUUGGAACAGUGAAUGCAGACACUGUGAACCAAUUGAAUCAUUUUGCUCAAGAUGAUAUUACUCUCUUUGGGGGAGCUACUGGGGGGGCUGUUUCCCAGAAAAGCAUCAUUGUUAUGGAAGGAAUCGACCAGGAAGCUGCCCUAGUCAUGCAAAAAGCCCAACCAGAGCAUCUUCACAUUCCUCGAAUUUCCUCUCCCUUUAUCGGAUUUGAUAUCCUGGAGUCAUUCAUCGAAAGCAGCCCCACCGUGAAGGGGGGCCGUGGACACGUUUGUACAUACUUCAGCGAUGCUAGCAAGGCUGCCUCAUCGACAUCCCAGACUCCUAAGGAAUGCCUAUCCAGGGAUCCCAUGUUUACCGAUGAGUCUGAUUUGCUCGCCCGUGACAUCCUUACACUGGUUGAUUCAGUGGAAUUUUGGAUGAGCAAGGAUUACAAGGAUUCAGCUUUGAAGUUGUCUUUUAAGGUACCGAGUUUUCCCUCCAUAACCGGUGAAUUAUUCCUAAUUCAACGUCACCAAUUGCAGAAAGCCUCAAGCGAUUCUCUUCUUGGGACUAAGUUCCUAGAGACAUUGCUUCUUCACCUAGCCAAAAUCUCGUCGACUAGCAACCGAGAAAUUACAACUCUCGUUCUACCCCCUGGUGUUAAAUCCGAAGGACUUAGCCACCGAGACGCGAAUCGAUCAUCGGCACCAGUCGCCCAACUGAAUGCCUUCAAGAGGUCGACGCCGAAUUCUGCGCUGCCGCUGCACUCAACCCUAGCGCCUGUCUGUCAUGCUUCAAACUCCUCGUGUGCCGAAGCUACCAAUAACUGCUCCGGACACGGUUCCUGCUAUCUGAAAUACGGCUCGGGUGCUGAGGGAACUAUUGGCAAUUGUUAUGCAUGCAAGUGCAAGCAAACUGUUGUCCAGAACAGCGAUGGCACCACCAAGACAGUUCAGUGGGGUGGGGCGGCUUGUCAGAAAAGGGACAUCAGCUCACCUUUCUUCCUUGUUGCAGCGGUCAGUCUACUUGCCAUUCUUCUCGCUGGUAGUGCGAUUGGAAUGCUUUUCAGCAUGGGCUCACAGGAGCUACCCAGUGUCAUCAGCGCUGGUGUAGGAGGCCCCAAGUCUCAGAUGUGA